CCCCAGGCCCCGGCCCUGCCCAGCCGCAGAUCCCCACUGCCCUGUGCCCUCCACUCAGGCCAGGCCCCUACCCAAGCUGUCUGCCUCUCUCCCCUGCAUGGGGCCCUGCAGCCACCAUGGCACGGGCUCCCAGCCCCCCAAGAGAAGGAAGAAGAGGUACCUGCGGCAUGACAAGCCCCCCUACACCUACUUGGCCAUGAUCGCCCUAGUGAUCCAGGCCGCGCCCUCCCGCAAGCUGAAGCUGGCCCAGAUCAUCCGUCAGGUCCAGGCCGCGUUCCCCUUCUUCAGGGACGACUACGAAGGCUGGAAGGACUCCAUCCGCCACAACCUCUCCUCCAACCCGUGCUUCCGCAAGGUGCCCAAGGACCCUGCGAAGCCCCAGGCCAAGGGCAACUUCUGGGCAGUCGACGUGAGCCUGAUCCCGACAGAGGCGCUGCGACUGCAGAACACUGCGCUGUGCCGGCGCUGGCAGGGCAGGGGCCAGCACUGCGCCUUCGCCAAGGACCUGGGCCCCUACGUGCUGCACGGCCGGCCUUACCGGCCGCCGAGUCCCCCGCCGGCGCCCAGCGAGGGCUUCAGCAUCAAGUCCCUGCUGGGGAACCCCGGGGAGGGGGCACCCUGGCCCCAGCUGCCACCGCGGAGAAGCCCAGCACCAGCAGGUCCCCUGGAGGAGGCAGGGCCCACCCCACCCCUGUCCUCCUCUGAGAGGUCUCAGUGGCCCCACUGCCCUCUCCAGGGCGCAAGGGGAGAGGGGCAGACUUCCCAGUGGGGAAACACCCAGCCCUCACCCCUCUCCCCAGAACCCAGGGCCUGGCCCCUGCACUUCCUGCAGGGUACCCCAGGCCCCGGGGAGCACAGGGCCCCGCUCUGGGGGCAGCUGCCCACCUCCUACUUGCCCGUCUAUACCCCCAACGUGGUCAUGCCCUUGGCCCCACCUCCACCCUCCCCCUGCCCCCAGUGCCCACCCACAACCAGCCGGUCCUACUGGGGGGUGGCCCCUGAAACCCAUGGGCCCCCAGGGCUGCUGUGGGAUCUAGACACACUCUUCCAGGGUGUGCCACCCAACAAGAGCAUCUACGACGUGUGGGUCAGCCACCCUCGGGACCCGGCAGCCCCAGGCCCAGGCUGGCUGCUCUCCUGGUACAGCCUAUAAGGCCACCUGGGCAGGGAGAGCUGUCCCUCCCCUCCCCACCCACCCUGUGGGCCCCCAGGAUACCAAGGCAGGAGAGGAGCGCGCCUGCGGCCACAGCAGCCAAGGUCUGAGUCCACAACGUUUAUUGGAAGACCCGCACCUCCAGGGCUGCAGCUCAGCCGAGCAGGAACCUGCCCGAGGCCCCCCCACCCCAAGAGGCAAGGCUGGAGGGGCAGGGCUCAGCCCAGAGGGGCUCAGGCUUCUAUCGUCCGUCUGUCCAUCCAUCACCAUCUGUCACCUCCCUUCCCUGGCUCCGGGAUGGGGGAGGGAGAGCGCAAUGGGGACUCCUGCCUAAAGCCCUGCUCUCCCUCAACUGUCUGGAAGAAGCAAGUAGCACCUUUUGGGGGGAAGACUGGACCCUACGAGGUCUUGGUGGUGGUGGUGGGAAGACGACAAUAAAGGAACUU